CAGUGCGCAGUAUAGACUUACAUGUAAAUAUAUGUAUAACUGACUUUGUCUUGUACUUUUGAUACUUAAGUCUUUUACUUGAGUUUGGCUUUUGGGAUUUUUUCUCUCAGUUUAGCACAAACAUUCAACAUCUGGAGAUAAGUAGGUUUCACCGGCCAGGAAGGUAAUCUGAAAAGCAAUUAGUAACUAAAACUGAGACAAAUGUAGUGGAGUCAAAGUAUAACGUUCAGUAAAGUAAAGCACCUUGAAUUUUACUUAAUUAUUUAUCAUGUACUAAGUUACUUUGUAGUUGAAAAACACUGAUAAUGUAGUGAAGAAAGAAAAAUAGAAUACAGGGUAAUUUCCUCAGUUACACAAAGAACUUUGGCUGUUUCCGCUGAUGAAAUUUGACAGAGUACAUUUACUCAAGUAAUUCACUUACUUACAGCUUUUACUUUCAUUUCCUGCUGAUUUAUUAUUAUUUGAUUACUUUAGUUUCUAGUUACUUUCCAGAUUACAUGUUGCAUGAGAGCUAAAUAUGGAUAGAAUUUACUUUUGAUAUUUAAGUACAUUUACUGUCAAAGUACUAGUUGUCAAAUAGUCAAAUACUGUUGGUCUGGGUGACUUUCACUUUCACCAAAGUAAUAUUUUAACACAAUAUCUUUAAGUGAGUUUAAAUUUCACCUGCAGGACUUCAAACAGCAGCUAAUAGAAACCAGUCAGAGAGGAGAAUCCUUAAUCUUCUGUUGAACUUCUCAUCAUAUCAUCAUCUACAGAAGGGGUUUAAAGGAUCACAAGCCAAACAUUUUGGGAACCAGCAUGCAGUUUGCCAACCUUGUGAGGUUUUUGUAAAAUAAAUACCUUGAAAAUAUAAACGAGAAUGAGCACAAGGGCCGGAAGGAUCACACAAACUCCACAUGAGAGGAAAGUGACGGUACCUGACAGUCGGCUCUCUGAUAAAUGAGUUUUUAAAGCAAGAUAACACCCCUAACAGAGCUACAAAUAAGCCAAAUCAUGUGUGCUCGACUUGCAGGUGCAUUAAUAAAGAACAUGUUCAAUUACUACCAGUCCUGAAAACCACGGCAAAACCAGAAAAAACAAAAAAGAGGACUCGCUUUCAUAAAGAUGCGGUAUGAUGAUGUUUCAGUGCUCAGGGUUACACAAAAUGACUUGUAACCUCUGUAGCUAUGUUUGUAACACUGAUUUUAUGAUGUCUUUGUAUGUUUUUUUUUUUCUCAGCUCUUUACAACUAUGUGAUCAUAUUGCUGUGUUAUUUCCACGCCGUCUCUCUGAACGUGGCUGUUUUUUGUUUUUUUCCCCCCCCUCGUCGGGUCAAGUGCACACGCUGCAUAAUGCAGAACAACUCCACAGAGAGCCCGGAGUUGUGAACCCAAUUUUGCAGACACCCUAAUUUAAAGGACAGGGAGACAACAACAUGAUUCUGUGGGACUUGUUCUGCUUGUUGUGGAGAUUACUUUGGAGGCAGAGGGCAUUGUGUGGAGAUGAUAGUCAGGGAGGAAAAAAAUAAAGCGUUGAGCGGAACUGAUCCCACUUUACACUUUUAGGGUCAGUGGUCGAAAUGGGCUCUCGGCCUGCAGGUCCCAGCGACAGGGAUCAGGGGCCCAAACGUAUAUCUGCUGAUUACAUCUCCUGAAGUGGAAAACAUGCAAAUAAUAAAUGUAUGAGCAACGUGCUUGUUUUUUUGCUUGAUUAAUUAUGCCGUUUAAUUCCGGAUCCACCACGCCGCUCCACCGUAUAAUUUCCCAGUGGUCUUGGCUGUUUCUUCUCUCACAUGCGCUCUCUCCUUUUUUUUUUUCUCUUCCUCAUUGCAAAAUGAAUCAUGGAUCCAACCGUCUGUACCCGGGGGAGAGCGGCGAGCUGGCGAAUGGGCUGACCAAUCAUGAGCAUCGGAGGCAGACACACAGACGGAGGGAGCCUUUUGUUGUGCGCUGCACUCAUCAAGUUAGGAGACAACUACCGAUUUGGCCUGAGGAAAAAAUGAAAAGAUGGAGUAUUAUCCAAUCAGACUGGCCAGUGUGUGUUUAUCCGAGUGGGUGGCAGAGUUUCAGUGCCAUUCAUAAUGUCAAGUGGGACCAUGACUGCUCUGCUAUUCCCAGCCUGGCCAGCCCUCUCUCAGCCUCCUGACAGUUCCAGGUCUGAAUCUGUCACGUCCUCAGCCAAUCAGAGCCUUCGUUAACGGCGGCGGCGGCAGCGCGUGAUUGGGAGAAGGAUGGCGACCAUGCCGUUCGUCAGCGAAGGGAAGUGCGUGAGCGUGGAGUGGGAUUUCCUGCAAGGACUUCUGGCCAAGCCUCCCACCCUGCCCUGUCUCCAGAACCUACGUAAAGAGAAGUCUCGCAAUGCGGCCCGAUCGCGGCGGGGGAAGGAAAAUUUCGAGUUCUUUGAGCUGGCCAAGAUGCUGCCUCUGCCCGGGGCCAUCACCAGCCAGCUGGACAAGGCCUCGGUCAUACGGCUGACCAUCAGCUACCUGCACAUGCGCACCUUUGCCAGCCAGGGAGACCCGCCCUGGAGCCCCCUGAGGGAGGGAGACGGCAACUGCAGCAAAGUAAGACGAUCAUCCCACUCUCUGGCCAUGGACAUGUUUGAGCAGCACCUAGGGGCGCACCUCCUGCAGUCUCUGGAUGGCUUUGUGUUCGUGGUCAGUAGCGAGGGACGGUUCCUCUACAUCUCAGAGACAGUUUCUAUCUACCUGGGACUCUCACAGGUGGAGCUGACCGGCAGCAGUGUGUUCGACUACAUCCACCCAGCGGACCACGUCGAGAUGGCCGAGCGGCUGGGAAUCAGGCCGCACCUGAGGGCCGAGGCCGGCUGCCUCACGACUCCAGAGAGCGCUUCCAGCUCCGCGUCCACCUCCUCCCUGGCUGGUACCCCUGAACCAGCUCCCUCCAGUCCUCAUUCUCCUGCUGACGAGCCUCCCGACCGCGGCUUCUUCAUCCGCAUGAAGUCCACGCUCACCAAAAGAGGCCUGCACGUCAAGUCUUCAGGAUACAAGGUGAUCCAUGUCACGGGACGAAUCCGGUGCCGCCCUUCGCUCGUGCCGGGCUCAGCGCGCUCAGUGCGUCGGCCGAUGGGUUUGGUCGCGCUGGCACACACACUCCCGCCCUCCACACUUAAUGAAGUCCGCAUGGAGAGCCAAAUGUUUGUCUUCCGAGUGAACAUGGACCUACAGGUCACAUAUUGUGAGAACAGGAUCUCAGAAUAUAUGGAUCUGACCCCAGCAGAGGUGGUGGGACAAACCUGUUACCACUUCAUCCACGUAGAGGACCUGGAAAACCUCCGGCAGAGCCACGAGGACUUGCUGAGGAAAGGCCAGGUGGUGACCGGCUACUACCGCUGGCUCCAGAGGAGAGGAGGCUACCUGUGGAUCCAGUCCACCGCCACCGUCUCCAUCAACCACAAAGCCCCGCACGAACGCAACGUCAUCUGGGUCAACUACGUCCUGAGUCGAACGGAGCUGCCCGACACUCCUCUGGACCUGCUGCAGCUACCGGAGAACGUGAGAGCAGAGCGGCUUCGGGUCAGCUCGCCCCCCACCAACAGCUCCCCACAGGCCCGAGGUUCGCAGCCAGCGAAGACCUCAGUGGGGAAGAGUGAACCCGACACUAAAGGCAGAGACAAAUUCACUGCCUCCGCCAUCCCAUCAGAGGACAGGAGGAAGCGCCUGCUGAGGUCCGAACCCGAGGGCGCUCCUCCUGAAUCCCGUCGCAGGCUGGAGGAGCUCCGUCAUGCAGAGGAGAGCGUGUCAGCCUCCUCUGACCUGGCGAGCGAAAGCGAGGGGGAGGAGGAGGAAGAGACAGAGUGGGACCAGGGGGGAGACAGCGACAGACUGAAACAGGAAGACAGUGGGGGAGGAAGUAAGCAGAGUAGGGGGGGAGAAACCCCGACCAGAGGGGAGAGGGGGGGGCGGGUGCACAACGGCCGGGCUGUGAUCCAGCAGCUGAAGAGCGUAGUCACCCCGUCUCCCCUGCCCGGCAGCCCCAGCAUCAAGACUGAGCACGAAGCCCUGAACAGCGGGGGGCGCUGGGGGUCGCACACACAAACCUCCACCCAGCCCCAACCCUCACAUGCACACACGCCCUCCAGCAGCCUCAACGGCGACAGCCCCACCACCCCGAUCCCUGACUCCUCUUCCAGCAGCGAGGCCCCCCCGAAAGGUUUGUUCACUCCCCCAUCCCCAGCUUUGUCCCCGGCCAUGUCCGUGUCCUCCCCGCUGCCCCGUGAUGAGAGGUCCGUGUCGGGGGUGGUCAGUCGGAGCAGUGGCGGUGCAGGUGGCGGUCCUGACUUUGAGCUGCUCCAGAGACUGGCUGCAGGCGGCGCAGCGGGGCGGGUCCUUUUCCACCCCCUUGCCCUCGGCCCGCAGGGCCCUCAGAGCCUCUACGCCCCGAGCACUAUCCGCUAUGCUCCACCUGAGCUGCCCCCCUCCCACCACCACAGCGGAGGACACAGCGAUGGCCUGCAGCUACGCUCGGACCACCACAAGGGACCCCCGCCAGCCUUCUUCCCCCACCUACAGCGGUUGGCUGGCCUGCCACCCUUCAGUGGUUUCUCCCCGUCUGACAACCCUUUCUCCUCCGGCCUGCCCUUCUGUAUGAAUGGACUGAGGGGGGCUGCAGGCUCCGAGGAGGACUGAGACUCAGAGGGGAGGAAGUGAGAGGAGAAGAUGAAAAUGAAGGACGGAGCAGAGUGACAGACCAGAAAGAGAGACGUUGAAAAGGGCAGGAGAGACAGAAGUGGCAGGACAUUAAGCCUCUGAGGACGUUACUAAUUGGACAAUGAGUUGAAUAACUGCGAUCUAAAAUAUGUGACAAGUCGCUGCCGCGGGGAAUUACAGCGUCCGCCUGCUGUGGACAAGUGACAGUGACUCUCCGAGAAAACGGGACAUGGAAACUUUUGACUGGUCGUCCCUCAAGACUUUCUGUCUCUAGAACAAUAAUGAACUCCGCUCUGUGUCUUUCUUUAGAUGACUGUGUUGAUUUCUGU